GAAGGAGCGGUGGCUCUCGGCGGAUCCUGGUGGCUCCCGGGGUCCGCAGAAUAUCCCGAGCUGGAAGGGACCGGCGGGGAUCAUCGCGUCCAGCGCUUACCGCUGCACAGGACACCCCUAUGUGCCUCCUGGACGUGCAGUCAGGGCUGUGUGUGCGAAACUCCGUGGAGUUUUGGAGGAGAAAGUUAGCAGCGGUGUGGGGGAUCAGGCGGGAAUCUCCAAUUCAUUGCUUGCUGAGUGUCCUGUCUGGUGGAAGUCAUGUCCAUAUUGCCAUUCACUCCACCAGUUGUGAAGAGACUUCUGGGGUGGAAAAAAUCUGCUGGUGGCACUGCAGGGGCUGGUGGUGGUGAGCAGAAUGGUCAGGAGGAGAAGUGGUGUGAGAAAGCAGUGAAAAGCUUGGUCAAGAAGCUAAAGAAAACGGGACAGCUGGAUGAGCUUGAGAAGGCAAUUACCACUCAGAAUUGCAAUACAAAAUGUGUGACAAUUCCAAGCACUUGCUCUGAAAUUUGGGGACUGAGUACACCAAACACGAUAGAUCAGUGGGAUACAGCAGGCCUUUACAGCUUCUCUGAACAAACCAGAUCCCUCGAUGGCCGCCUGCAGGUGUCUCACCGCAAGGGACUGCCACAUGUCAUUUACUGCCGCCUGUGGCGCUGGCCAGACCUGCACAGCCACCAUGAACUUAAGGCAAUUGAAAACUGUGAAUAUGCUUUUAAUCUUAAAAAGGAUGAAGUAUGUGUAAACCCUUACCACUACCAGAGAGUGGAGACACCAGUUUUGCCUCCUGUGCUCGUGCCACGGCACACUGAGAUCCUGACGGAGCUGCCACCUCUGGAUGACUAUACCCAUUCCAUUCCUGAGAACACUAACUUUCCAGCUGGGAUUGAGCCACAGAGCAAUUACAUACCAGAAACACCUCCUCCAGGAUAUAUCAGUGAAGAUGGAGAAACAAGUGACCAGCAGCUGAACCAAAGCAUGGAUACAGGGACACCUUCCACUACCCCAGGUUGCUCCCAGCCCUGUCCAGUUUGGCCUUGGACACUUCCAGGAUCUCCGGCGGAGCUGUCUCCUAGUACUCUCUCUCCAGUUAAUCAUAGCCUGGACUUGCAACCAGUUACUUACUCGGAGCCUGCGUUUUGGUGUUCAAUAGCAUAUUAUGAGUUGAAUCAAAGAGUGGGAGAAACCUUCCAUGCGUCUCAGCCUUCCCUGACUGUAGAUGGCUUUACAGAUCCAUCAAAUUCAGAGCGAUUUUGUCUAGGUCUGCUUUCCAAUGUAAACAGAAAUGCUACAGUGGAAAUGACAAGGCGACAUAUAGGCAGGGGAGUGCGUCUGUAUUACAUUGGCGGAGAGGUUUUUGCCGAGUGCCUGAGUGAUAGCGCGAUCUUCGUUCAGAGCCCCAACUGCAAUCAAAGAUACGGCUGGCAUCCUGCAACUGUGUGCAAAAUUCCUCCAGGAUGCAAUCUAAAAAUCUUUAAUAACCAAGAAUUUGCUGCUCUUCUGGCUCAAUCUGUGAAUCAGGGCUUUGAAGCAGUUUAUCAGCUUACUAGAAUGUGUACCAUAAGAAUGAGCUUUGUUAAAGGAUGGGGGGCUGAAUACAGGCGGCAGACGGUAACAAGCACUCCUUGCUGGAUUGAGCUUCACCUGAAUGGGCCUCUACAGUGGCUGGACAAAGUAUUGACUCAGAUGGGCUCCCCUUCAGUUCGCUGCUCCAGCAUGUCCUAAAACUCUCCUCUGUCACCAGUGGGCUAAAAUCCGAGUCCAGUCAACAGACUUAAUAUAACAGCUCGUCUGUCGUAGUAUUUGUGUGUGGUCCCCAUGAACUGUUUACUAUCUAAAAAGGUUUUUUAAAAAGGAAAAAAAAAAAAAAGAAAAAGAAAAAAAAGAAAAAGAAAAGAAAAAAGAAAAAACAGCACUUGAGGUCUCAUCAGUUAAAGCACCUUGUGGAUUCUGUUUCCUAUACUCUGAUACUAGAUGAAAAUUUAGUGUAUAGAAAAGCCUUCUUCAGAAAGAAGGGACAGUUCUAAAGACUCUUUAAUGGUGUUUUUUAUUGGGUAUAUAAUUGAGUGUCCUAAUGGUUAUCAAUAACAUGAAUAGCUAAGUAUAUAUACAGAUAAUGUAUCAUGAUCUCAAAUAUCACAGUAUUGUGCUGUUCUACAUUUUAGUUCCCAUAAAUAGUAAUUUUGGUUUUUUGACUGGGGCAAGUAUCUCAUGAAAUUCCAAGACUUUGCUCCCUUAUUAUUUUAUAUUUUUUAAUAUAAGCAGGUUUUCAACUUGUCCUAAACAUAAAAAGACUUUCCUUAUAGAAAAGCUGAAUUUUUUGCUGCGUUCUUAAAGAGAAAGUCCCUCCAUUGGAAGGGAAAGAAAUGUCUUGAGAUUCAUCUGUGAAAUCUUAAGACACUUUAUAUACUUAAUGGGGCCUAAAAUGAAUUCAUAUUAUAAAUUCUGAGUGUCCAUCACACUAGCAGUCUACCUUUUGAUACCCAUUUGAGUUGAUGCAUCUGUUGCCAGCAGUAUUGCUGGCAGUGGUGUAAUUUGGGACUUUUUUGUACCUUGGAUCAUUGAAAUGAGUGAUUUUUUUCUCAUGGACUGAGAAUUUACCAUGGCUUUGGAUACUGGAUUAAGUGCACAAGGUUAUUGGCUUACCCCUUACAUCUAUAUUUUUUCUUCAUUGAAUAAGUCUUACCCCUUAUUAUCUGUAUUUUUUUCAUUUUUUCAUAUGUCACUAAAAAUAAUAGGGUUUAGUUUUUGGAGCCGUAUACCUUGAAAAAUUAUUUCCUGGGGUAAGCUAGUCUCUCUGUUUAGGUUUUAAAUAGAUGCAGCUUCUUAACAUAUUUCAGUAACAGAAUUUAAAUUUCUUAUCUGAGUCGCUUUUAUAGUUUACUUACACACCAGAUCAUACGCAUUCAUUAUGUCAUAAUGGGCCUUGUUAUUAAAAGUAGUUGCUUCUGCAAAACCUCUAGGAUAGUGGUUGCUGAGGUAUGACCAGCGAAGGAGAACUUCCAGGUUCUUCAUGACAGUGCAUGUUAUUGUGAACCCUUGGACACUACAGCUGCACCAUAUUAAAAAUAUUCUGAAAUAUAUUCUACAAAUAAGUCUGGGUUGGGGAUGGGUUGGGAAACUGUAUAGAAGGGUUAUUCUGACUUGAAAAAUACACAUCUUACUAACAAUCUUGUGAUCUAGCUGUCUGUCAUUCUUUUGUUAUUGUGGCAGUAGCAGGAUUGCCUUUGUCUGUUUUUUUCCAUUGUUUCAUCAAUUACACUAGUUCUGUACUUUGUAAGUACAGCUAGUGAUAACUUAGCUUUGAGAACAAAAAUGUGGCCAGUGUUACAGCUUUUAAUCACUUGACUGAAUUGAUGAUAGUGAUGGAUAUUUUUAUGCCAUAAUGACUAGGGCAUAGAAGCAAUACCAAAAAUCAAGCCUUGAGAAAAUGGGCCAGACACCUUUCAAAAAUUGGCAAAGCAGUUACCAGUUUGUGCUAGUUUUACCAGUAGACUAAUGUAUUGGUAGAACUUGUGGACCUAAGAAAUAAGCUUCAUGCGUGUUGCAUUUGCCUAAUAUGUGAAUACACUAAUAAAAGUUUUAAUUCUCAAAA